AUGUCACGAGUCGCGAGUCCCGACCUUGUAACUACUGCCACCUUCCCCCACCUCCCCCACUUCCCCUUCCCUUUCCCCUACCCCUUCCCCUUCCCCUUCCCUAUCCCUUUCACCCCCUUCCGCUCCCUCUUCCCCUUCCCCUUCCCCUUCCCCUUCCCUAUCCCUUUCACCCCCUUCCGCUCCCUCUUCCCCUUCCCCUUCCCCCCCUUCCCCUUCCCCCCCUUCCCCUUCCUCUUCCCCUUCCCCUUCCUCUUCCCCUUCCCCUUCCUCUUCCCCUUCCCCUUCCUCCCCUUCCACUUGCUACUGCGGCACAUCAUGGGCGAGGCGAGACAGGUGCUCGCCGACUUGCUACUGCCGCGUAUGAAGGGCGAAACAGUGACCGUUGACUCCGCCACGUGUGAGCUGACCAUUCAUCGAACGGUGAUGGGGCUGACUCUGCCUUGCGUGAUGGGGCUGACUCUGCCUUGCGUGAUGGGGCUGACUCUGCCUUGCGUGAUGGGGCUGACUCUGCCUUGCGUGAUGGGGCUGACUCUGCCUUGCGUGAUGGGGCUGACUCUGCCUUGCGUGAUGGGGCUGACUCUGCCUUGCGUGAUGGGGCUGACUCUGCCUUGCGUGAUGGGGCUGACUCUGCCUUGCGUGAUGGGGUUGACUCUGCCUUGCGUGAUGGGGCUGACUCUGCCUUGCGUGAUGGGGCUGACUCUGCCUUGCGUGUCCACGGCUCGCAUUCAAGGCGCUGGAGUCAACUUCACCACACAGGUAUUUUUAUGCACUCAAGUAACCAUGCAGUCCCUUCUCUUGUGCUUUCUCUCUGUGGCUCUCCGUGGCUCUAUUCCACUACCGCCACCACCUCUCUAUUCCGUCCACCUCCUCGCCUUGCAGGACAAUGAAACUACCACGUUCUGCCAGCUCACCAUGGCGGGCGGCAGGACUCUCUCCUUCGCCUGUCACUUGUCGCUACCAGAGCAGCGCUGGCUCUCCCUCCACAUCGCAUCCUUUCUGCAAGUUCCCUGGUUCUAA